UAAUACUUACCGAUAAACAUUUAACUGCUCUACGCUUUUGAAUAAAUAUUUCUGAUAGGAUACAUGUUAGACAUGUUGAAGUAAAAUGCGGUAUUUUUAUUUAACGAUACUGAUUUUGCACAUCAGUUUUAUUCACGCAUCUGUUCAUUCUAAUUUCAGAGAUAAUGGUAUUUUCGAUGACGGAAAACGCGGUGUCAAUGAUGACAAGUGGCAAAAUCCUAAGGGCCCAAUGAUAAUUUUGCAAAAUAAAAAGCAACAUAAUGCGAAAGACAAAAUAUCAGUUCAGGAUAUAACAAAAGUAUUGCAAAAAGCCAGAACUAACGAGAAAAGUAUAAAGAAAGGAGAUGGUUUACCUCGUUCAAAGUUAUUUGAAGACAUCGCAAAGAAAAGGGUUGGCAAAGAAUACUACGACAUGGGUCCGGUAUUGAAUGAAAUAAGGAAAUUGUUUAGAGCCGGCCCUGCCCGACGUCAGUCGAUGAAGACAAAGUAUGAUGAUAGUGAUGACAGCGCUUCUAGCAGCAGUUCCGGCAUGGACAUGAUAAACUGGAAGGACGACUUCAAAGACUACAUGAUGGAGAAGAAAUUUGAAGCGCUCAAUUCGACCAUACCAAGGGGAGAUGUGACUAACAUGGCUGCGGCAAGACCAUGGGGAGUUAGUUGCGGAGAUCCCAAUCAACAAGACGCACCGUGGGGCUCCUGUAUGUUAGCUGCUGAAUGUGAUUCAGAAUACAGAAUAUACCGCGGUGACUACUUAUGUGGUCGAACCAGCUUCGUUUGCUGUUCUCUGCAAUAUACUAACUAUGACAUGUACCAAGGACUGGAAGCUACCUUCGAAGGCAGCAGCUACUCAACAGAUUCAUCAGAGAAGAUACCGCAUCAUCGCAAGAAACGCGAGCACGAGAGAAGGAAGCGGAGGAGAGAAAGAAAUGUGAGAAAACGGAAGAUUAAGCGAAGUAUCUCGAAGAUAGUACGAGAAAUUAAGAAGAUAUUACAUAGAGCUUACUCAAACGGGACUGCAAUGCGAAAGAAAAGGACUAGAGAAUUGAAGAAGUUCAUUAAGAACAUGAAGAAGCGGUAUAAAAAAGACCGACAAGCCCUUAUACAUGUACAUGAGUUUGAUAUGACACAACUUGACGAAAAGUUACAGAAAAAGUUAGACCAAAUCAAAGGUGUUAAUGAAAAGUUUUUUGCUAAUGAUACUUUUAGAGAAAUAUUGAUAAACGGUACAACUAAGGAGAAGCUGAAGGAGUUUUUACGGAGCCAUCCGAAGCUGAGGAAGAUUUUGACCCAACGACGUCAGGAUGGUGGCUUAUUGGAACCAGUGGUAGAAGACACGAGCGCUGAUGAUCUACACAACGAUAUGGAAUACGGUCUCCUUUAUUUUUGAAUAAAAGUCUACUUCUUUAUUGUAAAAGUCUUCAAAGCAGCCCAGUUGAUAUUAUUUUU